AUGUCCAAAUUCGAUCCUCCCACCGGCCCUCCUCCUAACUGGAGCAACGACAAGAGUCUGGGCCCCGCACCAGCCUCCAACGAGCAAUCUUCCAGAGGCUACGCGCCUCCUCAACAACCCCAGUACCAACAACAAGGAUACGGCGGUUACAACCAAGGUUACCAGCAAGGACCAGGCUACCAACAAGGCCCGGGCUACCAGCAAGGCUACCAGCAAGGUCCUGGCUACCACCAGGGGCCUCCGCAAGGCGGCUACUACCAGCAGCAGCCUCAGCAGCAAUACUAUGUUCAGCAGAAACCCAGCAAUAACAACGACAGCUGUUUGAUGGGCUGUUUGGCGGCCAUGUGUGUGUGCUGCACGUUGGACGCAUUGUUCUAG